AUGAAAUUUUUAUAUUCUAUUUUAUUUUACUUUAAUAAAUUAUUAUGUUAUUUUUUAAUUAUAACUUCAUUUAAAAGUAACAUUUUUUGUUUUGAUCUAACUAUAACUAAAAAUAAAAGCAAUGAGUAUAUUAUAAGAUUGAAUAAAUUAAUUUCUAUUAAAAAGAAUAUAUCAAGAAGAAAAUCAGAAAAAUUUAUAAAAGAUGGUAAUGUAAAAUUAAAUAAUAAAAUUAUAACAGAUCCAGGUAGGCACGUUGAUAUAACAAAGGAUAGCUUAAAAAUUUGUGAAAAAAAAAUAAAGAUUAAAAAUAUAAAAAGUUUAAUAAAUGAAUACAAAAAUAAUUCAUAUAAAUGGAUUGUUCUACACAAACCAAAGGGAUUGAUAUGUACUUCUAAUGAUGAAAAAAAUAGAAAAUCUAUUUUUUCUAUUUUUCCUAACGAUUUGUUAGAAAAGUAUCGUUUCGUGUCAGUAGGAAGAUUAGAUAGAAAUACUUCAGGUGUGUUACUACUAACAAAUGAGUAUGAAUGGGUUAAUAGAUUGACACAUCCAAAAUAUCAAAGAAUAAGAACCUAUAGAAUACAUAUUGAAGGACCAGUUAAAAUGAAUGUCCUAAAAGAGUUAGCUAGUGGUAUAUAUUUAGAAAAUGACAGUAGUAAAAAAGAAAAGAAAAAAACCCAACCAGCUUUUAUUGAAAUAAUUAGAGAAGAAAAUUUAAAAAUAAAAGAUCAAAUAAAAAAGAUAAGUGUAUUAAGUAUCAGUGUUAAAGAAGGAAGGAAUAGACAAAUAAGAAAAAUGUUUGAACAAAUAAAUCAACCAAUAAUAAAAAUUAAAAGAACUGCUUUUGAAAAUAUAACAUUAAAAAACAUACAUUUUCCUAAGCAAUAUAGAGAAUUAAAUCAAAGAGAAGUAACGAAUUUAAAAAUGAGAAAAUUUUAG